AUGCCAAGAAGGAGCACUUAUGCAGAUCAUUCCCGAGAUCCCCGAGCUGAGGAAGAAGAAGAAGAAGAAGAUUACUACGAAGUGUUCCUGAGCUUUUGUGGGGGAGACACUCGUACUGGCCUGACUGACAACCUUUACAGGAAACUGGUUGAAGCGGGAGUCUACGUCUACAGAGACAACAACGAGCUCCAUAUAGGUGAGGUGUUCGGCCCAGAGCUUCUCAAUGCGAUUCCGCGAUCUGGGAUAUUGAUCCCAAUCCUCUCGGAAAACUACGGCUCAAGAGAAUGGUGCCUCCGUGAGCUCACACAAAUGAUGGAGUGCAAGAGAAACAAUGGAAGGUAG